UAGCGGCUUGCGCGAAAAUUGCUUUCGUGACAGCGACGUGAAUAAAAGGAAAAUAAGAGCAAUAAAUUAAUAAUAUUUCGGUUAAGAUAAGCAACUUGAUAUUUAUUUUUCGAUUGGAAAUAGUAUUUUUCGAGUUCGUUCUUUCUAAUUGUAUUUCCCGCGCGUUUAGAAUGGAAAUAUCUGCGGGUAAAGGAGGUAAGAAGAAAAAGCAUGGAGUGGUAAAGUAGAAUAGUCAGUGUGACGGAGGAAGUUGUCUUUAUAACUACCCGGUGGCGCCACUAGGCUUUUGAUACACGUUCCUAUAUGUUCUAUGCAAAGAGCACAGACAUCAUUACAGCGCAGGCGUCGCACGCAACGCCGGCCCGUCAUUACGAAGCUUGAUCGAAUUUAAGAAGCCGACAGGGAAGGCAAAAAUCGUCCGGAGAACGCGACGAGGGGCGAAGGCGAUAAAUCGAAUUGAUCGAGCGCGAAACGGCGGGAAAAUCGAACGAUCGUCCGAAGCGGGUCCGAGGUGCGGGGCAGUGGUGCGCGAGACAACGCAGAUCCAUCAGCGAAAAUGAGGAGCUUGGCGGCUUGUUUGCUGCUGCUGUCGGCGAUACGGGGGAUCCUCGGCGACUGUCUUCCGCCGGAACCGCCGAAAUACGGCAGAGUGAUGACGAAGUAUUAUCCGGAUGGGGUUCUGCAUGCGAUGUUCUGGUGCGACGAAGGCCGAAGAGUCAAGGGUCGCAAGGUGAUUGCGUGCAUCAACGACGGUUGGAGCCAUCCCAGCCCGGUCUGCGAACCUAUCGAAGAAUGGCGCUCUUUUCGCAAUGACAUCUUCGUCGGCGACGAGCCGGCACGGGAGGACGAGCCCCAGGAAGUCGGCUUGGUGCAAACUGCGAAGGAUCGCUCGCAGAAUGAAUCGCGAACGGAGGAACACGGGGGGAGCGAUCUGAAGAAACGCAGAAGGGCGAGGCAGCGCAGGAAGGACGGGGUGAAAAGGAGGAGGAAGACGAGCCAAGAGGAGUCCCUGUCGAGAUUAAAUGAGACGGUGGUGUCUCAAUUAGACACCAGCUGCGCCAGGAGGAUCCCCAAGAAGAGAUCCGCCAAGGCACCGACGAUCGAACACGCUCAUAAGCCGAGAUACGCUAGGAGGAGGAACGUACUGCCGCCGUAUAAUCGGUACCUCGUCGCGGUUUACAAGUGCGCGGAUAAUUAUGUUUUCGUGGACUCGACGACCGACAGACUUUUUUGCAGCAACCGCACCUGGCUUGGCCGCCGACCGAAGUGCGUGAGGGAGAGCCAGCCGGCGAUCGAUAAAGCGAAACGUUGCGAUCAAGAUAGAGGUGAGUGCGAGCACGUGUGCGAAGACACGCCGACCGGUAUAAAGUGCUCCUGCUUCGAUGGAUUUCGAGCUGAGGGAUCGUCCUGUAUAGACGUCGACGAGUGUGCCGAAGGCACAGCAGGAUGCGCCGACAUCUGCCGCAACGAACUCGGCUCGUAUUCCUGCGAGUGUCAUCAUGGUUUUCAGCUCGGGGCCGACGGUCGCACUUGCCAAGAUGUCAACGAGUGCCUCUCGAACAAUGGACACGGCCCUUGCCAAGGCACUUGUCGCAAUCUCGAAGGUGGCUAUGAGUGCAGUUGCGCGGACAUUCCCGGGUACAAAUUAGCCGCCGACAAUCACGCCUGCGAGGACAUCGACGAGUGCGCGCUGAACAACGCAAACUGUUCCCAUUUGUGCCUGAAUACGCCUGGAAGCGCCUUUUGCCUCUGCCCGGACGGCUUUUAUCUCACGGACAAUUGGAAGACUUGUCACGAUAUUAACGAAUGCGAGAUCACACCACGGAUUUGCCCCGAGGACAUGGAUUGUGAAAAUACCGUAGGAUCUUACAAAUGCGUCAACAAGUCGCAUCCGCAUAAAGUGACGAAGGUCCUGCGAGAGGAGGAUUACGACGGUGAGAGUGAAAACGACGACGACGACGACGAGGACGACGAUGAUGACGAUUACGGUGAAGAGAUUACCGAAAAUCCGGAGAGUGCAAAGUGCGAGGACGGCUUCAGGAGGAGCGAAAAUUUGGAGUGUGUUGAUAUAAACGAGUGCGUCGAGGUGCACGACUGCCAGCACGAGUGCGUGAACGAGCCGGGCAGCUACCGUUGCGUGUGCCGCAGCGGCUACGAGCUCGACGAGGACGGCGUGGGGUGCCGGGACGUGGACGAGUGCGAGAAGGCGUCCCGGCCGUGUUCCCACGUCUGUCGCAACACCGUGGGCGCGUACGCGUGCGAGUGUCCGGCGGGCCUCGUCCUGGCGAGGGAUAAUGCGACUUGCACGGAGUCCCCGAGGAGGAGCUGCGCCUCCUCGCCGAGUCCUUGCUCGCACCGGUGCGAGGACACGGAGGACGGGGGGCCGCGAUGCGCCUGUCCGCAGGGAUACGAGCUGUCGGACGACCGAGCGACUUGCAAGGACAUCGACGAGUGCGCCCGACAGCCCUGCUCGCACUCCUGCGUCAACCUGGACGGCGACUUCGUCUGCACGUGUCCGGCCGGCCUCGAGCUCACCGAGGAAUCUAAGUUCGACUGCGCCGACGUGGACGAGUGCGACCGGGGCAUCAGCGGUUGCCAACAGGGCUGCAGGAACCUGCACGGCGGUUACAAGUGCACCUGCUUCGCCGGGUUCGACUUGGACGCCGACAACAGGUCCUGCGUCGCGCUGGAAGACCCGUGCUCGCGAGACGUUUGCUCGCACGGCUGCGAGAAUCACGACGGAGAGUACAGGUGCACCUGUCCGGCGGGACGUCGUCUCGAGCAGGACGAGCGCACGUGUGUCGACGUGGACGAGUGCGCGGGGGACUCGCACGGAUGCUCGCACGAGUGCGUGAACGCGGAAGGCUCUUACAGCUGCGAGUGCCCGGCGGGACACGAGGUAGGCGAGGACGGCAGGACCUGCGAGGAAGUGGACGAGUGCGAGCGCGGCACGCAUCGGUGCUCCCACGACUGCGUGAAUCUGCCGGGGUCUUACGAGUGCGGCUGUCCCGACGGCAUGUCCUUGGACGACUCGGGGAGGAGCUGCGUCCUUUCCGACAGGUGUGAACUUGCGAAUUGCAGCCACAGCUGCGAACUGGAUCAGGACACGUCGCACAGAUGCGUCUGUCGGGACGGGUACGUUCUGCAGGAGGACGGCAGGACCUGCCAGGACCUCGACGAGUGCCUCGAGAACGAGCACGCUUGUUCGCACGAAUGCGUCAACGUUCCCGGGAGUUUCGAGUGCGCUUGUCCGCAGGACAUGAGUCUCCUGGAGGACGGCUCGACCUGCGAGAAAAUAUGUCCUCAUGGGCUGCACUUGGGCGACGGUGGUCAGUGUCAGGACAUCGACGAGUGUCACGAGGAUACUCACGAGUGCUCGCAUCGGUGCGUCAACGUUUACGCGACUUACCGUUGCGAGUGUCCUGCCGGUUGGCUCCUGGAGAGCGACGGUCUGACCUGCGCGAGAAUCGAUCCCUGCGUCAACUCGUCCUGCUCGCACUUGUGCUCCCCGACGGGGGCCUCGAGUUACAGAUGCGAGUGUCCUUCGGGUUACUUCCUGGACGAAGAUGGUAGCAUUUGCAGGGACAAGGACGAAUGCGAGGACGACGAGACGAACGAUUGCAGCCACGAGUGCGGGAACCUCGAAGGAUCCUACUCGUGCUCCUGCCCGACGGGAUUCGAGCUGGGGCGGGAUAAUCGCACGUGCGUCGUCGUCCGAACGGAGUGUCCAGGAGUCUCCUCGCGGGGAGACGGCAACUGCACUUGUCCCGAGGGACACGUCUACUCGCAGGACGAAGACGCCUGCAGAGACGUCGACGAGUGCCAGGAAACGCACAACUGCUCUCACGGUUGCGUCAACACCGACGGCUCUUACCACUGCCGAUGUCCCGCCGGCUGGCGUCUGCUGGGAGACGGCAGGACCUGCGAAUCGCCGAGCGAUCCUUGCGCCAAGGAUCACGGUUGCUCGCACACGUGCGAGCAGGACGACGGCCGGGUUCGCUGCGGCUGUCCGGAGGGAUACCAGUUGCAGGACGACGAGAAGACCUGCCGGGACGUGGACGAGUGCCUCGAAGGAUCUCACGCGUGCAGUCACGCGUGCGCGAACACCGAAGGCGCUUAUCACUGCGAGUGUCCCGUGGGCUACAGACUGGGCGACGAUCGCAGGACUUGCGAGGACGACUGCCCGAACGGCACUCUCAGCUGCACGUGUCCGUCGGACGACGGCAGGACUUGCGUCCGGCGGAACCUGUGUCUCGUCGAGAACGGCGGAUGCUCGGACGGCUGCGUCUUCACCGGCGACUCGGUGGUCUGCGAGUGUCCCCACGGGUCCGAGCUGUCGGCGGACGGUGCGACCUGCGAGAAGAUCGAUCCCUGCGGCCAGGACCACGGCUGCUCGCACGAGUGCGUCGGCAAGGCCGAUGGCGCGCCUCACUGUCGGUGUCCCGUGGGAUACGCUCUCUCGAGCGAGGACAACAAGACCUGCGAGGACGUCAACGAGUGUAUCCGUGACAACGGCGGGUGUUCCCACCUCUGCGCGAACACGGAAGGCGGCGUGGAGUGCGCGUGUCCCGACAACUACAAGCUGCUGACGGACGACAACAGGACGUGCGUCGAGAUAAACGCCUGCUCCAUCGACAACGGCGGGUGUUCGCACUUCUGCCAUCACGAGGAGGACGGCCGAGCGUCCUGCUCCUGCCCGGCCGGCAUGAUCCUGGACCCGGGGAAUGGGACGGUGUGCGUCGACGAGAACAGGUGUCUGCGGGACAACGGCGGCUGCUCGCACCUGUGCUACCACGAGGACGGGAACGUGACCUGCGCCUGCCCGCCCGGCAUGAUCCUGGAGCCGCAGGAGCGGAGUCUCUGCGUGCACCGCCGGUGCGAGAUCGCGAACGGCGGCUGCUCCCAUUCGUGCCACGACGAGAACGGCAACGUGACGUGCUCGUGCCCGCCGGGGAUGUCCCUCGUGGAGGACGGCGCUCUCUGCGUCCUCCGCGAGAACGGCUGUCUCGUCCGGAACGGCGGGUGCUCCGACAUCUGCGUCUUCACCGGGGACUCGGUUUACUGCGACUGCCCGUCCGGCUAUCGGCUGUCGCCGCGCGACAACGCUACCUGCGUCGACGUGGACGAGUGCCUGGAACUGUCGGACAACUGCACCCACCGGUGCCUCAACACCGCCGGGGGCUUCGAGUGCGGCUGCGACGACGGUUACCGGGGAAAUCCGCGGGAGCCGACUCUCUGCGACGACGUCGACGAGUGCGAGACCGGGCUCGCCGGGUGCUCGCACACCUGCUCGAAUCUGCCGGGCUCCUUCCGGUGCCACUGCCCGCUGGGAUACGCGCUCAAGCGCGACGAUAACAAGACCUGCGUCCUGGUGGACGGCUGCAAGCGCGACAACGGCAACUGUUCCCAUCACUGUCAUCAGGAGGAGGACACGAAGGAUGGAGAUCCGGUCACACGUUGCUCCUGCCCUCUCGGCUUCCGGCUGAAGCCGGACCGCAGGACCUGCGAGGACGUCGACGAGUGCGAGGAAUUCCAGAACGACGUCGACGCCGGCUGCUCGCACACGUGCGUCAACACGGAGGGCGGUUACCACUGCGAGUGCCCGGCGGGCUACAUCCUCAUGCCGGAGGACAGGAAGAACUGCGUCGACGUGGACGAGUGUCUGACCAGCCGUCACAAUUGCAGCCACGACUGCGUGAACCUGCUCGGCAGCUACGUUUGCGCCUGUUACCAGGGUCACUACCUGCACACCGACAAGUCCACCUGCCUGGACAUCGACGAGUGCAAGGAGAGGAACGGCGGCUGCUCCCACGUCUGCACCAACACCAUCGGCGGUCACUUCUGCUCCUGUCCGGCCGGCCACGAGCUGUCGCAGGACGAGACGACCUGCGUCGACACGGACGAGUGCAAGAGCGGCGCGGCCGAAUGCGCGCCCACCUUCCAGUGCGUCAACACCCCGGGCUCGUGGGAGUGCGUGUGCCCGGAAGGACGAGUCCCGUCGAACGACUCGGGCAGCUGCGUCGAGUCGGACCGGUGUCGAGUGAACAAUGGCGGAUGCUCGCACGCCUGCUUCCACGUCGCGGCUGGCGUUCGGCGAUGCGGCUGUCCCAUCGGCCUGCGACUCGAUGCCGACGGCGAGGUGUGCGAGGACGUCGACGAGUGCGCGACCGAGAACGGCGGCUGCUCCGACGUGUGCAUGAACUUCGAGGGCGGCUUCGAGUGCCGGUGCCCCGACGGAUACCGCCUCGGGAACGACUCGAGGAACUGCCUCGACGUCGACGAGUGCGCGUCCGCGAACGGCGGCUGUACGGACGGCUGCGUCAAUCUCAAGGGCGAUUAUCGUUGCGAGUGUUCGCCCGGUUACCGGCUGGCGUCGGAUCGCCGGGGCUGCGACGACGUCGAUGAGUGCGGGACCGGCAACGGCGGCUGCAGCCACACGUGCGUCAACACCGUCGGCUCCUUCCGCUGCGAGUGCCCGGCCGGCUACGAGUCAAACGGCUCGCACUGCUGGCUUCCCGAUCCCUGCCGUCGUCGCAACGGCGGCUGCGAGCAGAUCUGCGACGCCACGGCGAGCGGCAUCGAGGUGGUGUGCUCGUGCAAGCCCGGCUUCCGGAAGGACGAGGUCGACGGGUCCGCGUGUCGCGACAUAGACGAGUGCGAGGAACGGCGGCACGGCUGCGAUCACAUCUGCGUCAACAGUCCGGGCUCGUACGAGUGCAGGUGCAGGGACGGGUUUCGCAUGGUGAACUCCACCUGUGUCGACAUGCCACGACCGUUCGUGAGCUGCCCCCAGGAUAUGGACGUCGAGCUACCGGCCAGGCAAAAUACGAUACGUGUAACGUUCCCGCAACCCAAGUCCAACAUGAACUGGUGGAGAUACGUACACGCCUCGCCCCCUUGGGCGAAGCAAUUGCAGGCGGAUCUCGCGGCGGGCACGACGGUCGUUACCUUCACGGCUUGGUCGCCGGUCUCUAAUUACACCAGUACCUGUAGAAUCGUGAUAAGAGUUCGAGACACCGAGAAUCCCAAAGUCACCAUGUGCCCCACGUCGUUCGAAGUGAGACUCAGCCCGGGCGAGAGGAGUCGUUUGAUUUUCUGGCAGGAGCCAACGUUCACCGACAACGUCGGCGUGGAGCAUGUUUACAAAACGAGGGGCCCCGGACAUGAGAUGUAUCCCGGCGUUCACAGUGUGCGCUACGUCGCCUCGGACGCAGCCGGAAAUCGAGCCGAAUGCCAUUUCUCGAUACACGUGAGAGAAUCCGAGGAUGGCCACGAUUCCGAGCCGAGAUUCUACAGAAGAAAGAUGCUGAUGUGUCCCGGCAGACCGCCCCAGCCGGUGCCUGCCUCUUCUUACGGGUGGCAAAUACCGAGCGGCUGUUACCUGAGAUACACUCGAAUCUUCUCCGGCGCUUAUCAGCGAUACCCGGAGCGAAACCGGCAGAACGGUUAUCAGGACUCAACUAGGACCCCUUACCGCGGCGAGGCGCCGCCGAUCCAAGAGACUCGCCCGGAAAUCGGCAGGGCGACCUACGACGUGGACGAUCAUCGACACUCGGGGCGACAACAAUAUCAGCCCCGGCAGGAGCAGCAGCUGUUGCACAGGCAAUAUCGGCAACGCGCUAUGAGGACCGAUCACGUAGUUUCGCCACCACCGACUCAUUACGGCGCAGGCCGCGUCGAGACUAGAAUAUUGCCGCGGCAUGAAUGUUGCACGUAAGGGCCCGUCUGGCGGACGCCGCCGCCGUGAACGACGUGUAAUAAGCGAACGUAAGUUAACCCGGCGGGUGGGAGGAAAAGCUGUCGCGUAAAUCCCGGCUAAAACCGCGGGAACACCUGCGCGUGCGAGCCCCGGCUCGAGCGUCCUUGUUCUUCGAUGGAGAUUGAUUACGAUAAUUGACUUCGCGGGUCGCGUGCCUUUCGCAACUGGAGAGAGAGAGAGAGAGAGAGAGACAGCGACACGUAACGAGGCGCGUUUCAGGCGGAACUUUUCGAUGCGGAACGCGCUCAUUUCGCAAGUAACUUUUGACAAUAUUCCCGCUCGUCACUCGGCAUUUUUUUACGCGAUACGCCCGAGAGAAAUCCUGCGAAAAUUAUGAUCGUUCUCCGUCUCAACUGUAGCUUCUUUGAAAUCUGAGAAACGGUAACAGCACAAAAAGAUUUGAGAAAAAGAUUUCUUUACGAAAAACGAUCCUCUACUACUAAAAUCCUUCCAUUUAUAAGUGAUUAUAAUUACAAGUAGCGAGGAACCUAACUAGAAAUGUUUUUCUCUCAGUGUAUGUCGGACGUUGCUCGAAUGACUAAAAACGUCUCAGUCGACGCUUACGCAUUUGAAAUUCCCACGGUCGCGCGCACAGAGCAAUUAAUUUCUCGAAUUCGUUCUCGGAACACUUCAGAUCCGAGCAUUUGGUACUUUUUACUGGCGGAGAAUCAUCGUCUUGAUUAACGAUAUCGCGGCUGUUAUCGCGGCACGUCUAUGACGAGACAGAUUCUCACUUCGUAAAUAACUUUUGCCGAUAUUCAUUUAUUACACAGCACUUUUACGCAACAUACCGAGAGAAAUCCCACCAAAAUUGUAGUCAUUUUCCGCCUCGGCUGUAUCUUCCUCUGGAUUAUAAACCGGGAUUGGGAAGUAACGUGUUAUUUGUAACGUCGUUACCGUUAAAAGUCACUUUUUCUCAAUAACGAUUCGGUAAUGACGUUAUAUUUUUUCAUUAGUUACGACAACGCAGUUAUAUUUCUUCAGUAACGAAUAUAACCGUUACUUUUAUCAUUACUUUGCAAACAUGCAAUAUAUACAUGAAACGAACAAAUUCUAAAAGAAAGGUCCUCAAAACUCAGUGAAAAACGGCUCAUUACUUCUCGAAUAAUAAUAACGAUAACGAGUUACUUUUCAAAAGUAACUUUCCCAAUCCUGUUUUAACCCGAGAAACGAUGAUAGCAAAAUGCAUAUAAGAUUAUUAUCGCCGACAGCGCAGUAAGACACUUACCAGAAGAAACAGUGUUCUAUACUAAAAUUCUUUCACUUUUCACGCGAUUAUAUCUGCAAACGCCAAACCUAAUAAAAGUUUCCUCAGUGUAGACGUGAGACGUUACUCGAACGUGAAAAAGCGUCUCAGUCGCGGCUUUACGCGCUCGAAAUUCCCACGCUCGCGUGCUCAUUAAUUAAUUUCUCGAGUUCGUUCUCGGAGAACUUCAGAGAUCCGAGAGCGAGCUUUGUGCUUUUUCUUACUCGCGGGGACGACGAAUCAUCGCUUUAAUCGACGAUACCGUGGCUGUUGUUAUCCGCAUUCGUGACAAAUCGAGCCACGGUCGAGAUGCCUUUUACAGAUUAUAAGUAGAUAUAAAGCGAGAAGGAGAGAAAGGAGGAAGAGCCCGCGCGAACCGACGCGGCGGCACGCGCGAUCGUUACGAUGAAAUUGCCUCGGCCGCUUUGAUCGCUGACACAUGAUCGUAAAUCGACCGUUAUCGCUUCCGACCGGCAUUCCGAUCAUCGCGUCAUCACGAUUUCUGCCGCGACGGUUCGCACCGAGGUUCGUCCGAUGAUUUCUGUAAUAUACAUACGUACAUGUAUGUAUACACGUAUAUUUAAUACAUAAAUUUUAUACAUCUAUAUAAUAAUAAUAAUAAUAAUAAUAUCGUACGAUGAUAAUCGAUCGUUACCGUAACAAUGAUAUGCGAGUGUGUGACGUAGAGGAGUAUCAAUAAAUAGUAAAACGAAAAACCGCGUAAACCUACAUGUACCACCGCAAAUUGACGUUGGAUCGCACC